ACGAGUGUACGUUGGACAGGAUUUUUGUCUUGUUUUCUCUUUUCAUUUUUAUGCCCAUACAUGGAUUUACGAAUUGUUUUCUGGGGUUGUUGAACAUAGACUCAUUCAAUGGUCUUUCAGCGAUCAUCACAUCUUACCCCGCCGAUGUAUAUAAUGUUAAAAGCAAUAUUGAUGUCAUUAAUUGUCUGGACUGUCUUGGAAUAAUCGAAGCCUCAGUGAUGCUGUAUACAGAAGAGGCUAAACUCAAAGAGGCAACUCACGUGCUUCCACAUGGGGCAUUUCCUAAAAGAGCAUCGCGGGCUUGGCGCGGAGCAUCGAGGGUCUCUUCCUCUACGCCUUCAUUUGAUCCUCUUCUUCACUCUCUGCCUCCGCCAACACAUCUCGUCCUGGCCGGUAUUUUCGUCAUAUAUUAAAAGUCGCUCAUAUAUAGCGUCACUCUUGCCUUACUUUCGUCUCUUACCCCGGCGCCAUCGGUUUCCUAGGCCUCGAAUCAUCGCGGUGAGUGACCCCGUACGCCGCUCCCUUCCCCUCAUCCAUCAUCCUGUCCUCGCUUCCAAAGCCCCGAUCAUCGCAAAGUGCUAUAGGUCUUGGUUAUUAGUUGCGCGAUAUUUGUUGGGUCUCAUUGGGUGUUACGACUGGGAUUCGGUUGGCUAAGGCAGCUUGGUGGACUUUGCGACCGCCAAUUCUGGCCGGACUUUGCGCGCAUUCCGAUACUUUCCUUCAUCGAUUUCUCACAUUGUC